AUGACAGAUGGAAAUUUCAAAAAUCAAAAUAUCCAGAUGGAGGAGAGAGAAGGAAUCAACGGAAACAGCAACCCCAACAACAUCAUCACUACCAGUUUCGGUCUGAAGCCACAACAUGACGGUCCUCCUCCUCCUCCGGCUCCUGCUCCUGCUCCCGUUCCAGGUGGCAUCGUCUUCCAAAUGGACCCACCACGGUCCCAAAACCCUAAUCCUUUUUCGGCGGGAUUAGCCACCAACAACACCGUGGCAUCCUCCUCCGCCGCUGUGGCUAAACCGUCCCAGAAUGCUGCUUUGUCUCCACCUUUCAGCUUGACAAUGCAGGUGCAGAAUUCUUCUUCUCAGUUGAAGAAGAAGAGAGGGAGGCCGAGGAAGUAUAAUACCGAUGGCACACGCAACGUGACGCCUCUCUCCCCGAUGCCAAUCUCCUCCUCGGUUCCUUUAGCGACGGAGUUUGCUCCUCAGAGGCGAGAGAGAGGGCGUGGAAGAGGAAGAGGAAGAAGAGGUGGAAGAGCAGUGCGUGGAAGAGGAGAGUCCAGCAACAGCAGCAAUUGGCUUAAGAGGCCACAGACGGUCGAAUUCGACAACACUCCUGCUCCUGCUCCUCCUGUUGUAGCAACUCCAGAAGUUCCCAAAGAAUGUUUGAUCCCUCAUGUGCUCAUAGUGAACGCCGGUGAGGAUGUGACAAUGAAGAUAAUGGCAUUAUCUCAACAUGGCACUCGUGCUAUUUGCAUUCUUUCAGCAAAUGGUCCCAUUUCCAAUGUUACCCUUGUCAAUUCGACAUCAUCUGGUGGUACUCUCACUUAUGAGGGUCAUUAUGAGAUUCUUUCUUUGAGUGGUUCGUUUGUACCAAGUGAGAGUGGAGGAACCCGAAGCAGAUCUGGUGGAAUGAGUGUGUCUCUUGCUGCACCAGAUGGUCGUGUCUUUGGUGGUGCACUUGCUGGGCUCUUUAUAGCCGCUGUGGAUGAUCCAAGGACUAGAUACGGGAUGAACAAGACGAUUGUUCUUCCGGCACCACCAGCACCAGUGUCUGCACCACCUGUGUCCCUUUCGAAUGUGCCAAGCAACAACUCAGUGCCCCCUGAGUUUAAUUGUUUUCCUUGA